UCGUAUAGUCUUAUUGUGUAUAGGAUAUUAAAGAUGUUGGCUAUGGAGUCGAGUGGAAGUGCUACGCGAAUUAAGAAGUGUGCCUUUGACUUGCUGUCAAUCGGGGAUGACCUUAUGGACGACGCAGACUCUUGGGAUCUAUUUAGAAGGGAUCUAACCCUGAAGUCCACGUUUUUGUAUUGUGAUUUCAGUCAGAUUAUCUCAAAUGCCCCGAAGGAUCAAAAGAAGGCUCUUACUGAACUUGGUAAUAAGUUGUUUUGCUCCAUUGAAGAGUUGGACCGAGCAGUGAAGAUUCAAAACAUUUCUUUGACCCAAGACCGUUACAACGAUGCUGCUGUCAUUUUACAAGAGGUGAUGGCGAUCAUACCUUGAGAAAUUUAAGCUUGAUGGCUUCUGCCAUAUAUACGAUCUUGCUAUUACAUAUAUAGUCAAUAAAUAAGUCUUCAAGUUGUACAUACAAGCUUAUGUUUUAGUUUCUACACAUAAUCAGCAUAUGUUCAGUUUUACAUAGAAUUAGCUUAUGCUCAGUUUCUACAUAGACAAAAGCAUUGUCAUCCCGAACAACUAG